AAGACAAUGAUAAGGAAAUAUUCCCAUAUGUAUCUUUUGCAAUAGAAAAAUAAUAAUAAAAUAAUUAAUUAUAUGAUACUGAGCAAUAAUUAUCUUUAUAAUAAAAGCCUUUAAAAAAAAUGUAAAUUGUACUUCCAUCAUGUGCACAUUGGUAAUAAAAAAACAAUUAAAAAAAAAUAAAAAAUUAAAAAAAUUAAAAAAAAAAAAAAAAAUCAAAUAAAAAAUAGGUUUGAUCUUGAUUAAAUUAAUCAAAUUGAAAAGGAAAGUCUUAGUGAGUUCUUCUGUGGAAAGCCUUCCAAAACUUAAGAAAUAUAUAAAAAAUAUAGGAAUUAUAUAGUGCAAACAUAUAGAGAAAAUCCAAGAAAUUAUUUAUCCGCAACUGCUUGUAGGAAAAAUUUAAUAGGAGAUGUAUGCUCAAUUAUAAGGAUACAUGGAUUUUUAGAAUAUUGGGGAAUUAUUAACUUUAAUUGUGAUACAUAAACAUUACCGAAACAUUUAGCAGAACAAAUUCACUUUUCAAAAGAUUUAAAAUAAUCUUAAAAUAUAUGUAAAUUAAAAUAACAAUAUGAGGUAUUUAUAUAGAUUUUUUUUGUUAUAUAUAUAAUUAAUCAUAAUAUUUAAAAAUAGCUUUAAAAAAAAAAUAGGCCUAUUUGUGAUUUUUGUGGAGUUAUUUGUGGAUUAAUAUGGCAUGAGGAAAAAUAAAUGAUAGAAAGUUAAUAAGAAAAUAUAAUUUUAUGUAAUUAAUGCUUUUAUGAAGGAAAUUAUCCAAAUUUUUUAAGUGAUAAAGAUUUUAAAAAAAAAAAUUUAAUAAAUAAAAUAAAUGAAUUUGAGUAAUAAAAAAAUAAUGAUUUUUAAUUAAAUGAAAAUGAGAAAAAUAAAAUAAUAUAAUUAAUUGAAAGUAAUAAGGAUAAUUGGGAAAAAACAAUAAAAGAACUAUCUGAAAGUAAAAAUAAGAAUUAAAUUUUCAUUUAUUUUGUUAAAAUACCUUUGUAAAAUGUAUUUAUGUAAGCUAAGAUUAUAAAAAAUGAAGAAAAAAAAAUAUAAUAAUAAGUUAAUGGAGGUAAUUAAAUUAUUGAAAAUAGAAAUAACGAAAAUUAAUAAAUUUAAUUAAAUGAAAAAAAAUAAAAUAAAAUUAUUUAACAUGUAAAUAUAUAUAUUUCUUUUAUAAAAUAUAUAUAUAUAAAUAAAAUAAAAAAUAGAUUGAAAUAUUUAAAGAAUUAAUAGAAAAAAUAUAAAAGAAAUAAAAAAUAAACUUAAAUGAAUAGAAAAUAAAAGAUGAAGAUUAUUAAAAAAUUUAAGAUUAAUAAAAAAUUAAAAUUAAAUAAUAAAAUGAAUAAAAAACUUCAAAUAUUAAAAAAAUAUUGGAAUAUUAAUUAGUAUCAAUAGAUAAUAAAUUAGAUUAUUUAGAAUAAUAUGAAAAUAUUAUAUACAGAGAAAGAAAUUAAAUAGAAAUAACAAAGAAUUGGCAUAGUGCUGAAAUAGUAAAUUAGGCUUAUAGAAAAUAUGAGUUUAAUAAAGAAUUAAAAAGAUAUUAUCAUGAAUAAAUGA